CACUAGCCAUACUUUCGGUGGAGUAGCUAGCUGCAUGCAGGUAACGGGUACAGGACGGGAUAGUCCAUUUCUAGUGAAUUCCAAAAGGGUCAGGUUUAGAGUGUCAGACGAAGGUUUCAAAUGAAGUGAAUUUGUUUCUCAGGCUCAGGUCCCAGCCCCUCUGGAGAAUAAUAAUUCUUUUAAGUCAGGAAGAGGGAGGAGCCCCAGGAAUAGCUGCCACUUGGGGAAACAGCUCUUCUAACAGACCCCUCACCAGAGCUUUAGAGUAGAUGCAGAUGUGCCUAGAUAGGAGCAGGUCCUGAUUUGCUCCACUAGAAGCAGUUCUUGAUCCCUGGAUAGCCUGAGUCAGACUUGGGGAUAUCACCACACGCAGAAGCCAUCACAGACUGUGUGACGGUGGAUACUCUGGACCAACUGGCAGAAGGUGGUGAGCUGGACUGAUGGGAUGGGAGACUGUCAGGCUGCACAGGAAAAGGCACCUGACUGGAUGGCUGGUGAUGACUGAUGUCCAGGGAAGGUGUAAGCAGCCAGAGUUGACGAAAUCCUAAAGAGCACAUGUUUCCUGUGUUCUGCCCUCACUCUUUCCAGAUUCUAAGCUGCUCUCACAGCAUGUCCAUACCUUCAUGUGAUAUCUAGAGUUAUGCUGAUGCUCCCUUUCCUGAACACUGAGUUAACAGACUGGUAGUAGAAGAAGGGUUUUCUAUGUUGGACACUUUUGGAAGCCUGAAAAUAUUGGGUCUGAAAUGAAUGAUUUUGUAGUGUCACCCAGGGCAGAACCAAAUGAGCAGCACAGGGCUGUUUACUAACACAGUGGAACCUUCACAGUUUUUUACCUUCUUCCAGCAGCUGCAGAAAAUGAACAUAGCUCGGGAAUCAGUGUCCUUCAAGGAUGUGACUGUGGAAUUCACCCAGGAGGAGUGGCCAUACCUGGGUCCUGCUCAGAGGGCCCUCUACAGAGAUGUGAUGCUGGAGACCUACAGCCACCUCGUCUCCGUGGGGUAUUGCAUUACCAAACCCCAGGUGAUUUUCAAGUUGGAGCAAGACGAAGAGCCUUGGUCCUUAGAGGAAGAAUCCCUGAACCAGAGGUACCCAGGAUAUUACAAAGUUGAUGUCCACAUUGAGAGGAACCAGGAAAAAGAAGAGAAACCUCUGUGGCAAGUAAUAUUCAGUGGUAUCAAAACAUUGAGUAAAGAAGGGCAGAAAGUUUUAGGAAAACCAAGUAUUCUGGAUAUAACUCCAGAUUUUUCAGGAAAAAUGCCCUGUAAAUGUGACUCAUGUAGAAUGAAUUUGCCACUUUUCUCUGACUUGAUUGUUAAGGAUAGAAACUGUUCAAAAAAGAAGGCUAAUUACAUGAAUAUAUGUGAAAAGCUGCUUGAUAUUAAACACAAGAAAAUUCAUACCGGAGAGAGGUCUUACAAAUACAAUAAAAAUGUGAAAUCUCUCAGUCAUAAGAAAGAUCAUCAGAAAUUUCAAACUCUGGAGCAACCUUUGGAAUGUAGUAAACUUGGAGAAGUUUUACAUGAUGAGACUGUUGCCUGUGUUAGAUACCAGACUUGUCUAACAGGAGAGGAAUCCUAUCAGGAUGAUGAAUUUAGGAAAACCUGUGAUAAAGCAACUGUAUUUAACCAAAUGAGCACUGACACAAGAGAGAAAAGCUUUGAUAUUAAUGAAUAUGGGAGAUCCUGUGACAAAACCAUCAUAUUGGAAUACAGUAAAGUUCACAGGGCUAUGAAAAACUAUGAAUGUAAUGAAAGUGGAAGUAACCGCAACAGGAAUCCACCCCACACUCAACCUCAGCAAACUGUUACAAGACAGGGUGCUUUUAAAAGGAGUAAAUAUGAAGAAAACUUGAUCCAUAGCUCAGCCCAUCUAAUACAUCAGAAGACACAAACUGGAGAUAAGUUCUGUGUUUUUAAUGGAUGUGCAAAUGCCUUCUGCCAGGAAUUAGACCUUAGAAUGCAUCCGAGAACUCAGACAGAAGAUAGAUUCUACCAGUGUACUAAAUAUGGGGAAUGCUUGCAUCAAAACUCACUGCUCAGUGUACAUCAGGAACGUGACACAGGAGAGAAGUCAUUUGAAAGUAAUGAAUGCAGGAAGUCCUUUUACGAGAAAGCACACCUCAUUCAGCAUCAGACAACCUGUUCAGGGGAGAAAACUUAUGAAUAUGAGGAAAGCAGGAAAUGCUUUUGUUCAAAUUCACACACUAUUCAUUAUCUUUCUACUCAUAUGGGGGUCAGUCCUUAUGAAUGUAAUGAAUGUAGAAAAACUUUCUCUCAGACAUCAAACCUCAGUGAACAUCUGACAGUUCACACAAAGGAGAAGCAUUAUGAUAACGAUGGAUGUGGGAAAUCUUACAAGAAGUCUGCCCUCUUAGUACACCAGAGAACACACACAGAGAUGAAACCCUUUCAAAGUAAUAAAUAUGGGAAAUCAUUCUCCAAAAUGGCACUGCUUAAAGAAUAUCAGAGAAUUCAUACAGAAGAGAAACCCUAUGAAUGUACUGAAUGUGGGAAGACUUUCUGCAAGAUAUCACAUCUCGGGGCACAUCAGAGAAUUCAUACAGGUGAAAAACCCUCUGAAUGUAUUGAAUGUGGGAAAACUUUUUCUCACAAGACACACCUCACUGCACAUCAGAGAAUUCAUACAGGGGAGAAACCCUAUGAAUGUAAUGAGUGUGGGAAAACUUUUGCUGAUAAUUCAACCCUUAGAGGACAUCACAGAAUUCACACAGGGGAGAAACCCUAUGAAUGUAAUGAAUGCGGGAGAUCUUUUGCCCAUAUAUCUGUUCUCAGAGCACAUCAGAGAAUUCACACAGGGGAGAAACCUUAUGAAUGUAAUGACUGUGGGAGGUCUUUUGCCCAUAAUUCAGCCCUCAGAGCACAUCAGAGAAUUCACACUGGUGAGAAACCCUAUGAAUGUAAUGGCUGUGAGAAAACCUUUGCCCACAAUUCAGCCCUUAGAGUACAUCAGAGAAUUCAUACAGGGGAGAAACCAUAUGAAUGUCAUGACUGUGAGAAGACUUUUGCCCAUAAUUCAGCCCUCAGAGCACAUCAGAAAACUCACACUGGGGAGAAACUCUAUGAAUGUAUUGAAUGUGGGAAAACUUUUUCCCAGAAGACACACCUCAGUACACAUCAGAGAAUUCAUACAGGUGAAAAACCCUAUGAAUGUAGUGAAUGUGGGAAAACCUUCUCCCAGAAAUCAUACCUCAGUGGACAUGAGAGAAUACACAAAGGGGAAAAACCUUAUGAAUGUAAUGAAUGUGGGAAAACCUUUGUCUAUAAAGCAGCCCUCAUAGUCCAUCAAAGAAUUCACACAGGAGAGAAACCCUAUGAAUGUACCGAAUGUGGGAAAACUUUCUCCCAAAGGACACACCUGUGUGCUCAUCAGAGAAUUCACACUGGGGAGAAACCUUACCAAUGUAAUGAAUGUGGGAAAACUUUUGCUGAUAAUUCAGCCCUCAGGGCACACCAGAGAAUUCACACAGGGGAGAAACCCUAUGAAUGUAAUGAAUGUGGGAAAACUUUUGUCCGUAAGGCAGCCCUUAGAGUACAUCACAACAGAAUGCACACCAGAGAGAAAACCCUUGCAUGUAAUGAAUCUGGGAUGUCCUAAAGGAACUCAUAUAACACAGUGGAGAAGGUCAUGGCACAUAGACUGGCAAGUUGUUUCCUUUAAGUAUUUUUUUUUGUACUAGCCACAUAGUUUGUCUAAAUUUUCCAGUCCAGCUGGGUAUGGUCAUAGAAUAUAAUGCUAUUACAUUUAAGGUAGGUCUGGCUUUAAAACGCCACCUUAUAUUGUUCCUGUCUGUUAUACUGGAAUGGAGAAAUUUCCAUGGCUGUUUAUUGAACAUAGAAUACAAGGUUAAAGAAGCUAGAGUAAUUGGGUGAAACAAGUCUCCAUUAACAGAUCUUCACCAGUGAAUUGUGGGGGUUUUUUUGUUUGUUUGUUUUUAGCAAGAAAUAAGUUUGUACUUUGUUGAGCUCUUACAGAUUUGGGUCUAUUGGUUAAAUGCAUAUAGCUUAGGCAACUGUCUGUUAGAGUGGGAAGGAAUCCAAUAAAUAUAAUAAAUGUUAGAAGACCUAUCAGAAUUCAAGUUAUCAUUGUACAUCAGAGACUUUGCAUGAGGAAGAAAACUUCUGUCAAUGUGCUGAAUAAUAAGAAGACUCCAUUAAAAAUCAGAGAACUCUCAGGGAAAAACUCAAAAGCCUUUACUGCCAAGUGAACUUCAUUAAACAUGAAAUAAUUAAGAUUAGACUAAAAUCUUGUAUUUUGGUAACUAAUUUUUUAACACAUACUGAGCUUGCAUCAGAUAAUUUUUUCUGAGGAAAUGUAUCAGUGUAAGAGUUGAAGAUAAAUUCUUCACCUAGAACUGAUAUACCAAAACUUGUGAUUUGUAUGUAAUAUAAAGUUUUAUAGAAAAUAUAGAAGAAAAUAUUUACCUAUGCACAAAUACUGUGGAAUGUGAAGUUUUAAAGAUGGAACAAUAACAUGAAUUCUGUAGACACCACCAAUAAAUGUUUGUGACUAGUCUCUUA